GCGCAGCGUGGCGUCCGAAACGCGGCGGGUGCUGUUCCUGGCGCGCGUUCGGAUUUUCGGCCGGCACCUGGAGGACGGGGAGUAUUGAGAGGAAAAAUCCCCCCUCCCCAUAUUGAAAAGGUUAUGUCUCCGUCGAAAAUUUGUGUUGCUAGUUUGAGGCCACGAAUCACAUUUUUCUUGCAAGACGACGACAAGGGCGGAAGCUUCCGUCCCAUUAUGAUAAAGCGACUUGUCAUGCUGUUGGGCUUAAACAAGGUCAGCCGUUGCCGUUUGCAAUGCUCAACAACUAGACCCAUACGCCCCUACCUAGCCUGGGGAUCUGGCCGCAGUUGUGCCUUCCUGCAAUACAAAGCUGAUUUGUCAGCGUCAGAAUGAUAUGGGGAGGGGGGAUAAUUUUUCCUUUCGAUAGGGAGGACGCGGACUUCACGUCGAUGACCACGACCCAGUUGGAAAUGUCACCGGAUGGCUCCGUGCGGAACGGCGAGCAAAACUUUUUGAAGGACGGGCGGCCGCUGGACACGCUGUUCCGCACGGACUACCUGCAGUGCCCCACACUGACGUUUCAGUUCGCGCAGGAAGUGCAGGUGAGCAGCGUGUAUCUCUCCGCCGAGAAGGACCAUGCGCACCUCCGGAACCUGUUUCUCCCGAACCCGCAGCGGGGUUUUCUGGAUGCCAACGGGAACGUAUCAAAGUGCACAACUCCCCCUCGUCCCCCUCAUUUGUCAUGCAAAAUGCCUAAUUUACGCCUUGGCUCUUGGCAAUGAUGUUUGCAUGGCAAGUUCUAGCGCCCCAAAUAGCACUACAAUCCUGCCCAAAUUUGUCAUGCAAAACCGGCAAAAAUCUUGCUGACGCUUGUAUUGCUGUUCAUGCAAUACAAAUGAGGGGGCGGCGGGGGAGUUGUGCACUUUCCUAGAACGAGGCUGCGGAAAUCAAGG